AAUGCAUCGCUGGUAAGUCCUCAAAUUACUGUUUACGUUGGCUCGACAGUCGACACGUCGGACGUCGGUACUGGUAUGUCAAGAGGGAGCGCUUGAAUGACAGUUUGGGGAAAUUGAUUGUGCGCUUGGCAUGCCAAAAGGACCGUAUUACCCCAUCUUAAUACAUUAUGAGAAUUGUGCAGUUGCGGAAGAGCCGUGUGUUGCGAGUUGUCGUUGUGGUGCUACUUUUCGUACCAUUACUUUACCUGCUAUUCGAACAGGCAGGUGGGCGACGAGAUGGGACUCUCAAUUUUUCCGGCAUGGCAAGUGCUAUGCGGAAAAUCCGGUCUGAUAAGGCUGUCCCAACUCUAAGGGAGGAGAGGCAGGGGCGUGGUAAUUUUGAACCUGCUCCUGAAUUGCCACGUGAAGGUGCAGGAGAGGGAGGUCAUCCUCAUUUUGUGCGGGACGAUCGACAGAACGAUGCACAGCAAUCACUUUCGGAGUAUGGAAUGAAUAUGGCUUGUUCCGAUGAAAUCUCUCUUGAUCGCACCAUCCCUGACACCAGGUUACCAGAAUGUAAAAGGUGGGACUAUCCGGAGGAUCUUCCUCGUACUAGUGUAAUUAUAGUCUUCCACAAUGAGGGAUGGUCCACUCUGAUGCGAACAGUUCACAGUGUUAUCAAUCGAACGCCUCCGCAAUUUCUUGAGGAAAUCCUGCUAGUUGAUGAUUUUAGUGAUAAAGAGGAUCUGAAGACUAAACUGGAAGAGUACAUAACAAAAUUUGAUGGGAAAGUUCGCCUCGUUCGCAACAAAGAGCGUGAAGGACUUAUUAGAACACGGUCAUUUGGAGCCCAGGAGGCACGCGGUGAAGUCAUUCUCUUCUUGGAUGCACACUGUGAAGUCAACACCAACUGGCUACCACCCCUACUUGCGCCAAUAUACAGGGACAGGACCGUGAUGACAGUACCUGUGAUUGAUGGGAUUGACCACAAAACAUUUGAGUACAGGCCUGUUUAUCAAGAUGGCCACCAUUAUCGUGGAAUCUUUGAAUGGGGUAUGCUCUACAAGGAGAACGAGUUGCCAACACGGGAAGCUUCUCGCCGUAAAUACAAUUCGGAGCCCUACAAGUCCCCAACACAUGCUGGUGGUCUGUUCGCAAUAAAUCGGAAAUAUUUUCUGGAACUGGGUGCGUAUGAUCCAGGACUGCUUGUUUGGGGUGGUGAAAACUUUGAACUUUCUUUCAAGAUUUGGCAAUGUGGAGGUAGUAUCGAAUGGGUUCCUUGCUCACGUGUGGGGCAUGUUUAUCGUGGAUUUAUGCCAUACAACUUUGGAAAACUUGCUCAACGGAAGAAAGGACCUCUCAUCACUAUCAACUACAAACGUGUUAUUGAGACGUGGUUUGAUGACAGAUACAAAGAAUUUUUUUAUACAAGAGAACCACUGGCUCGGUUCUUGGACAUGGGUGAUGUCACUGAACAGCUUGCACUGAAGAAAAAGCUUAAUUGCAAAUCAUUCAGCUGGUUCAUGGAAAAUGUUGCCUAUGAUGUGUUGGAGAAGUAUCCUGAAUUGCCCCCUAAUUUAUAUUGGGGAGAGAUGCGCAAUGUGGCAACACAACAGUGUCUGGACACCAUGGGACAUGGACCUCCUAGUCUUAUGGGUGUAUCACCUUGUCAUGGCUAUGGGACAAAUCAGUUAAUGAGGCUGAACACCAAAGGCCAGCUGGGUGUGGGAGAACGUUGCAUAGAGGCAGAUUCACAAGGCCUUAAACUUGUCUUCUGUCGAUUAGGCACUGUGGACGGUCCAUGGCAGUAUGACAGAGAAACACGAACACUGUUGCAUCGAGUACAUAAAAAGUGUGCAGCUCUUCACCCACAGACUGGGCACUUGACUCUUCUGCCUUGUGACCCUAACAACACUUACCAGCAAUGGGCUUUUAAAGCGAUCAGCCCAAAAUGGUAGCACCUGAUGUUUUUAAUACAUAUGUGACAUUCUUUGUACAGUAAAAUGUUUGUCUUAUAUUGAAUGGAGACUGUCCAGUUGCAUAGUAAACUUUGUUAAAAGUGUGUUGCGCAGUUGCUGGAAAUAAUGUGUAUUUAUCUCGUGAUGCACAGAGAACUAUCAAGAAUUUGUGCUGCUACUUAAGAGUCAGACCAUCAGUAAAUCUCGCAUUGGUGAUAGAAUUUUUAACGUACAGAUCGUCCUCAAAUCUAAUUCCAAACUUUUGUGAAAUGCAUCAGAAUUGCAUUCGUGCUGUUAGUCAUUGUUUUGUAAUUAUCAUUUCUUCUAAAGAGCAUUAGACAUCGCUCAUCAUUGAUUAAUAAGUUAUUUUACUAACAGUAAUGUGAGGUACUUUAAAAUUAUUAAUUGCUUGUUACUAAUUACAACCAGGAGAAUAACAGGUGACAAAAAUACUAGACCACAACUACAAAUUGGACCUCUUUCGUUUUUGUAUGUUUUUCUUUUUUCCAACAUAUUCCCUACUACAUCUUUGUCCUCAUUUCCUGAGCUUAAAAUUGUGAUAAUAAGGAAUGCCAGAACACUUACUUUUAUCCAUAAGAUGAAAUAAUUUGUACUAAGCAAGUGAAAUCUCUGUGCAGUUUUAGAUUUCUCAAGUUGUGUGUGCGUGCGCCUGCGUGUGCUUGUAUAGAAGGGAGUCAGUCUAUAUUUCUUGACUUGUAUGUUUGAGGUUUGGGGAGGAAGGUUAAUCUGGGAGAGCCAUUUGUUACUUACAGAGUACAUCAUCUGCCACUGUCUCAUUCCUACAAAUUGUUCGUAAAAUGUAGACUAAAGUCAAAAAAUAUGUACCUAAAUAAUAAGCAGCAAGGGAGUGUGUAGCAGUAGAAUUUUGAUAUUUUACUGAAAGUAAAAUAUGAUAAUAGUGACGACAGUGACAAUGUGCAUGUGUAUGAGUUAGGAGGAUCUUGAGUGCCUUAUGCAAGUUGUAGGUCAUGAACUAUCGUUAAAGCUGUAUUUAGAAACACACAGUAUUGUAUUAGGUUGUGAAACAAGUUUAACAUUCCAUGUGUGUAACUAUUCUGAUAAUGAUAAAAUUUGAAGACACUUUCCUGGCCAUAAUUUUCAGUGAGAAAACAUGGUGCUAAUCACUGUAGAAUCUCAUACAUUUGUAAUUGUACUGUAUCUUAUACAGUUUAUUUCUGCAAAUAUUAUAAAUGGAAAAUUUAUUUCGUAUCCUCUAAAACUGAAAAUACACACAUUUAUCCUCUUUUGACAUUUACCGUGAAAUGUGAGAGUAAUGCAUAAACAUGUACAUUUGGUCUUCCUUUGAGGAAUUAGGAGCAUUCUUUACCAUUAGUAUUGUUGAAAUGAAUAGAGGUUUUUCAGAGAAUAUUACUUACCAUAUAAUGCAUUUGACAAUCAUAUCAAUUUAUGUACUUUGUCUUGUUUCUAUUGUUUGUACUGUUGUUUUUGUAAUACUAGAAAUUUUUACCACAUACAGAGAAAUAUUUUAUA